AUCAGAAAGGCGGGGGGUGAAACUGAAGCUCCUCGUGGGAGAGAGAAGGGCGGGCAGAGGGACGGCUCUUUGUGAGAAGCUGCCAGCAGAAGUUGGGAGCCUUCACCUUCUGGGUGUGUUCUGCUGGUGUUAGGGUAUAGAACCGUUUGAGCUAUAAGGGACCUCUAAAAGCCGUCCAUUCCCACUCCCUGCAUCGCACGGGGACACCCGCAGCUCCAUCGGUGCUCGCAGCCCCGCGGGGGUCUGUGGGGAUGCGGCACCACCGCCUCUCUGUGCAGCGCCUCUCCUGACUGCAAAACCUUCCUUGUACCCAACCUAAACCUCCCCUCUUUGAGACCCCUUCCCCUUGUCCUGUCACACAGACCCUGCUAUAGGCCGUCCCUUUCUCUCUCAGCUCUCAGCCUGUCCUCGCAGGGCGGUGUCCCAUCCCUGGGAUCGCUUCUGUGGCCCUCUGGAUGUGCUCCAACAGCUCCACGUCCCUCCUGUGCUGAGGACUCCCCAUCUGGACGCAGUGCUCCAGCUCCCUCCUAUUUCCCAGGCAUCUGAUAACCCUCGCUGGCUGACACCUGUGCUGUUGAUGGCUGGAGCUGGGAGGUCUCAAAGCACUGCAGAUGUGGAUGAGUGCGUGGAAGGCACUGACAGCUGUCACAUUGAUGCCAUCUGCCAGAACACACCCAAGUCCUACAAGUGCAUCUGCAAGUCUGGCUACACUGGUGAUGGAAAGCACUGUAAAGAUGUGGAUGAGUGUGAGCGGGAGGACAACGCAGGCUGCGUCCACGAGUGUGUCAACAUCCCCGGGAACUACCGCUGCACCUGUUACGAUGGCUUCCGCCUGGCACACGACGGCCACAACUGCCUGGACCUGGACGAGUGCUCAGAGGGCAAUGGCGGCUGCCAGCAGACCUGUGUCAACAUGAUGGGCAGCUAUGAGUGCUUCUGCCGGGAAGGCUUCUUCCUCAGUGACAACCAGCACACGUGCAUCCAGCGCCCCGAAGAAGGAAUGAACUGCAUGAACAAGAACCACGGCUGUGCCCACAUCUGCCGAGAGACCCCCAAGGGGGGCAUCGCCUGCGAGUGCCGCCCGGGCUUUGAGCUCACCAAGAACCAACGCGACUGCAAACUGACGUGCAACUAUGGGAACGGCGGCUGCCAGCACACCUGUGAUGACACGGACCAGGGCCCCAAGUGUGGCUGCCACGUCAAGUUCUUGCUGCACUCCGACGGCGUCACCUGCAUAGGGGAGAGACACUUCCAGCAACACGUUAUCCUUGAGACGUUUUCUAAUGAGACCUGUGCUGUGAACAACGGGGGCUGUGACAGCAAGUGUCACGACGCGGCCACCGGCGUGCACUGCAGCUGCCCCAUGGGCUUCAUGCUGCAGCCCGACAGAAAGACCUGCAAAGACAUCGACGAGUGCCGGCUCAACAACGGCGGCUGCGACCACAUCUGCAGGAACACGGUGGGCAGCUUCGAGUGCAGCUGCAAGAAGGGCUACAAACUGCUCAUCAACGAGAGGAACUGCCAAGAUAUCGACGAGUGCUCCUUUGACCGGACCUGCGACCACCUCUGCAUCAACACCCCUGGCAGUUUCCAGUGCCUCUGCAACAAGGGCUACACGCUCUAUGGGCUCACCCACUGUGGAGAUGUUGAUGAAUGCAGCAUUAACCGCGGAGGCUGCAAAUUUGGCUGCAUCAACACACCUGGCAGCUACCAGUGUACCUGUCCUGCCGGCUGCAAGCUGCACUGGAACAAAAAGGACUGCAUAGCCGGUGCAUGUCCCUCAGAGCUGGUGAAAUGCCUGUCAGGUUCGGUGCCACCACGGGCCACUCUCACCUGCAACAAGACGGGCAAGAAGGACAGCUGCGCCCUCACCUGCGCCUCCAAGGCUCGUUUCCAGCCAGAGUCUGACAGCAGCUACACGGUGAGCUGCGGGACGCCGGUGCUGCGGCAGGGCAGCCAGCACAGAGCAACCAACAGCAGCCAGCAGUGCCUCGAGACUGUCGCUGCCCCAAUCAAGCAGAAGGCUUCCUUCAAGAUCAAGGAUGCCAAGUGCCACCUGCACCCGCGGGCUAAGGGCAAGCAGGACGAGGGGGGGAAGGCUGUGGCACAAGGCGGUGCUGCACCCUGCUCCGACUGCCAGGUGGCCUUUGUCAACCUCAAGUGUGACUCAUCCAAGAAGGGGAAGGGCCGCCGGGCUCGCAACUCCUCCGGCAAGGAGGUGACGCGCAUCACACUGGAGUUUGAGGCAGAGAUCAAACCGGAGGAGACCACAGCCAGCUGCAACCUGCACUGCCUGCGACAGAAAGUGGAGAAAAAGCUCAAAUCGGCCAUCAAAGCCCUGAAGAAAUCCAUCAACCAGGAGAGGUUCCUGCUGCGCUUCGCUGGGAUGGAGUACGAGGUGGCGAGGAAGCUGAGCGUGGCCCCGGAGCGGCAGGAGAGCUGCGGGCCGGGCCAGCAGCGCCUGGGCACCAAGUGUGUUAGCUGCUCGCAGGGAACCUAUUACCACGGGCAGACGGAGCAGUGCGUCCCCUGCCCCUCUGGCACCUACCAGGAGAAGGAAGGGCAGCUCUCCUGUGACCUGUGUCCCCGCAGCGAUGCGUUCGGCCCCGUGGGAGCCACCAACAUCACUGGCUGCACAGGUCAGUGCCCCCCUGGGCAGCACUCCACCGAUGGCUUCAAGCCCUGCCAGCCGUGCCCGCGUGGCUCCUACCAGCCCGAGGUGGGGCGGGCUCUCUGCUUCCCCUGCGGCGGGGGGCUGACCACCCGGCACGAGGGAGCCCUCUCCUUCCAGGACUGUGACACCAAAGUCCAGUGCUCGCCCGGGCACUACUACAACACCAGCGUCCACCGCUGCAUCCGCUGCGCCGUGGGCACAUACCAGCCUGACUUCAGGCAGAACUACUGCAUCGCCUGUCCCGGCAACACCACCACCGACUUCGACGGCUCCACCUCCGUGUCUCAGUGCAAAAAUCGCCAAUGCGGAGGCGAGCUGGGCGAGUACACGGGUUACAUUGAGUCCCCCAACUACCCGGGGAAUUACCCCGCCAACGUCGAGUGCACGUGGAACAUCAACCCACCGCCCAAGAGAAAGAUCCUCAUCGUGGUGCCAGAGAUCUUCCUGCCCUCUGAGGAUGAGUGCGGGGACGUCUUGGUGAUGCGGAAAAACUCCUCCCCAUCCUCCAUCACCACCUAUGAGACGUGCCAGACCUACGAGAGACCCAUCGCCUUCACCGCCCGCUCUCGCAAACUCUGGAUCAACUUCAAAACCAGCGAGGCCAACAGCGCCCGGGGCUUCCAGAUCCCCUACGUCACCUAUGAUGAGGACUACGAGCAGCUGGUGGAGGACAUCGUGCGGGACGGCAGGCUGUACGCCUCCGAAAACCACCAGGAGAUCCUCAAGGACAAGAAGCUGAUCAAAGCGUUCUUCGACGUGCUGGCACACCCCCAGAACUACUUCAAGUACACGGAGAAGCACAAGGAGAUGCUGCCCCGCUCCUUCAUCAAGCUGCUCCGCUCCAAAGUCUCCAGCUUCCUGCGGCCCUACAAAUAGCGCCCUGACACCCCAGGCCGCCCGGCCACCGAGGAAACCCUUCUCCUCCCUCACUUCUUAUUUCAGCUUUCCUCCUCCUUCCUGCUCGGCUCCGGCAGGACCGCCACCUCCCACCCUGCAGACAGCUCCGGUCUCACCCUGAUCUCACCCAGCGAUGCCGUUCCUCUCUUCUGCAGCAGCUUCUUCACCCCAUCCGUUUCCGUCCCACCUCUGUGCCGGCUCUGUCCCACCCCUCGAUGCCAUCCGGGCUCCCGCAGCCCCCCCAGGGCUCAUCCCCUGCCCCAUCCCAGGGCAGCGCCGGAGGUAACGCCGCGUUCUGCGCAGCGCAGGGGGCUGAGCUAUCAGCACAGGAGGAGCCUGGGGGGGAAGAAAAUAGAACAAACCAUAAUGCCUACUUUGUUAAAAACAACCGUGGUAAGGAAAAGUGAAAGGACAGAAUGGGACAGCACGGUGGCGGGGGCACGGUGGCACUGGUGGCCGUCGUGCUGGAGAGCCGUGCCGGCACCUGGCGCUGGAGGAGGGCACGGAGAACAAUGUUUGGCUGCAUGGGAGGGAUGGAGCGACUGAGGAGGACUUCAGCCGGGCGCAUUCUUCCCCCCCAACACGGACAUUUGUGCCAAGGAACCAGACUUCCUUACCAAAGCUCUGCCAAAGAGUAACUCGUCGACAGAAAGCAAGCUUUGUGAAGAGCAGGAGUCAGCGUUUGUGCACUAGGAUAUCCUCCUUUCUACCUUUUUCAUAUGUAUUAAGUGCAAUCAUUUGAGUCUUCUUUAUAUUAUUUAGAGGGAUGUUUUUGUUUGGUUGUUUUUUUUUUUUUUCUACUAGAAACUACAAUAUUUAUACCUGCCUGAGAAAUGAGAAUGUGUGUCUGUCACAAAAAAAAACCCAAAACAACAGAACAACAAACCAAGCCCAGCCCUGGGUUGCUGGUGACCAAUGCAAUGGUGUUUCUGGCCUUGGAACCUUUUCUGCUGCAUGUUUUCCCAGUAGCAACCUGCUUUGGUGGAAGGCUGCACCUCUCCUCUGUGGGAAAGCGGGGCUUGGCCAUGACGGGGUGAGUUUUUGCUGGGUUUUAAGGCACUUCUGUCCAUGCACAGUGGGUCCAUCACCUUUACUGGGGCUGGCUGUAAUGCUGGGCAGGGUUGGUGCUGUAUGGUUUCAGGCUCCAGGAGCUCCUUGGCUCUGGGAAGCACUGUGCUGCUCCGUCCCACUGCACCCACUCCUCCCAUCCCCAUAGAGAACAACUAUUCAUUGCUCCGUGUAUCCCCCCAAUGGCCCGGGCAGAGCCCCGGGUUGGUCCACACUCCCCUCAAUGCGUACUGCUCACUCACCCCAACAACUCCUGGGCUCUGCUGGGGCGCUGGGACGGGUUCUAAUUUGCUGGCAGAGCGGAGCUGAGGUUUGUCCCCAAAAUGUGUGGGGUUGGAAAAGGCUGCACUGAUUCAUCGCAGCUGUGGGCUUCUCCCUCCUGCUGCCCGGCUUGCAGCCUGGCUGGGAGCAGUUGGGGGCUGAGCUGUUUGUCACUCGGUUUGGUGUCUGAGAGCAGCUGCUUUGAUGCACAAAAGCCGUUGCAGGGAUUCGGAGGGUUGGUUUUUUUUCUUGUGUUGUUAAUCGCUCCGGGGCAGUCACAGCAGAGCAAUGACAGCCAAAAGGGCCUUUCGUAUUUAGAAGAGAGGAAGAAAAAAGAAAAAAAAAAAAGGAAAAGAAAAAGAAAAAGCCAGCCCAGGAAUGCGUGCUGUGGUGGCCCCGGUGCGAUGCAGAGCCCUUUAAUGCUCUGUGAUUGAAUUUCGGAGCUGCUGCUGCUGCUCUGAGCCUGGGAGGGUGGAUGUGGGAAGGAUGGGACGUCCUCAGUGCCACACAUCCCCAUCCGGGCACCUCUGCGCCCCGGGGCAGCGCUGGAAGGUGAGCUGGGCUGGACGUCCUCCUGUAAAGGACACACAGAUCUGGUAACACAUCCUCCCCCUUCCACCAAUAUCCUCAAACCGACCCCCAGAACGGCCCACGGGGCCACCAGAAAGCAGCAGCCCUUUCCUCACCCGCACCCAACGGAUGACUCAGAAAAGGUUUGAAGGGCUGAAAACCAUCAGCCGCCUCUCGGAUGUAUUGAAUGUUUCAACGCAGCGAACAUAAAAAUAAGGGUUGUUGUGUGUAUUUUUUUUUGGGGGGGGGGUCUUUUUUUUUUUUUCAUGUUGGAAUAUUUAUAUCUGCCUUUUGCAGCAGGCCGUGACUUACCAUCUCCAGCAAAGUGAUUGAUGAGCAAGACGUAGUUGGUAAAAGUUAUUUGCACUUGAUUAAAGAGAGAGAAAAAAAUGUAUCUGAACUUUGUAAAAAGAAAUGUUUGCAUUUUGUAUUGUCUUUUUUUAAUUAUUAAAUGGAAUUUCUUGGUGUUGUGUUGAUCUUUCA